UGAUGUUUGUGGUGGUGACUGGUGUGUCGGGGUGGGGGGUGGUGGUCUUAGGCUCUCCUUUGAGUUUUUGAAAAGCAGAAGUGCGUAGCUGAGCGGUCGCUUCAUUGCGGUCACUUCCUUCUCUUAUCUGCUGCACGCGCCGCCCUCCCUCGCCCUCGGCUGCUUCAGUAGCUUUGCAUAACAGGCUGCCGAGUCCUUCUUCUGUGGACUUCUCUCGGACCCCAACCUCCAAACUCCAGAACCACUCGCCUUGAUGGACCAGGACAGCUGAGUUCCAGUCAGAGGAGCAUUUUUCAACAUGGAGGGACAGCCGCCGGCUACUACUUUCAGAAGUCUGAGCCAGUCAUUCUGGGCAGCUGUGUCUUAUUUCCAAGGCUUCUUUGGAAACACCCUGAGCACUGAGGCACAGCCGGAAGAGACUGAGCAGCAGGCAGAGGAUGUGAGCUCCACCGCCGGAGAGGAAGCAGUUUCCACAGAGUGCUGUUUCAUCGGCGAGCAGGAAGUGACCGAAGUGGCAGAAACUCUAGGGGCCAGUUGCCAUGGCGACGCAGCUGCAUGCAGGGUGAAUGCCCCCAUGGGCCAGGAAGCAUCCAAAAGCUCUGUGUCCCCGAAUACGGAGGAGGAGGAAAAGGAGGAGAACGAUCCAAGCCAAUUGGACACAGAGUGUCUGGUGACAACCAAAAGCAGCUUCAACAGACGCCACCGGCCAGCUACUCGCCGAAGACAUGAAGACCAAACUGGGAAUGCCAAAAAAGUCUUUGCUCAGGAGUUUGGCGAAUGGACCAAUUCUAAAGCUGAACCACUGGACCAAGCCUGUGCUCCACAGAAGAAAACAGCACAAGGAUAUGUGGGAUGGGACACCCAACAGGAGUUUGAGGUCAAGGAAAAGACCACAGUGGUCACUAGAGCAAGACACCCCCUAGAUGAUUUACCAAAACCUUCAAGUAUAACAGCCUGGUCCAGUGCUUUAGAAAACUCCAAAGAUGAAGAAGCAGACAAGGCUGAACUGAGGAGGACAUAUGCUACACAAGGUACCACUGAGGUUCUCCAGCUGACCAUAACUCAAGAAUAUGCCACACCCAAAGAGCCGCAAGGGUCAAUGUGCAGGAGUAAAGUGACGACAGGAAGUGAGCAGCCUACAGAAUUGAGGUCUUCCAUGGAAGAAGAUCUUCUUAAGGAUACACUCACUAAUCAAACAGUGGAAAAGUUGACAAACAGAGUGUCAUCACUGGGUCAGUCUGUCCAGCUCUGUAGUACUUUUCAUUCAGCAGGUGAAGACGAGCUGGAAAUGUUGACCCAAGAAGAACGGUUAGGUCAACAUGUGGAACCAAUAGAGUCAGCUCUUGAGGAAACACAAGCAGUACAAGGGACAUUAGAUUUGAACUCUCAGUCCACCAAUGAAGUGAAACCAAGCUUCAAUGUGAGCCCCAAAAUGUCCCCUAUCCAGCCAUCAAUCACGCGGGCUGGGGCCUUCCGAGACCGUCCUAAAUCUUCUAAUUCACCACAGGUUGUAACACCUUCAGAAGAGGUUAUCAAUGAAAUGGUACUUACAAAGCCUGAAGAACAAUGCAAGGCCUCAAAUGCUUUCACUCAACUUUCAGCACCUUACCCCCCACAUUUGGAGCUCACGGCCCAAGCAGAGCAUCCCCAAGCUUCAGAAAUGAAAGAAGAGUCAGCCCAACCUAUUAACCUUGAAGAUCCUGCAGGUUCUUCAAAGUUAGCAGUGCAAUCUGUGACUCCAGAGGAGCUGAAGGCUGGGAAACUUUCAGAAACUUAUAAGUCAGAUGCUGGGCCUGAAGAUGAUUCCACAACAUUUCUAAUGGCAGCAGGCCUGCAUUCACAGUCUGAGGACUCAUCCUUAAAUUUGCACCAAGAGGUUCCAGAGAAGGUGAAGGCACCGGACAAGCAUGAAGAUAUCAAGAGCUCAUAUUCAGAUGAGUGUCCAGGGGCCUCAGGUCCACAGGUUCAUCUUCCAGGGCUUGAGAUGCAUUCUUUGGUGAAACAUCGAGAACCUGAUGUGCCACUGGAUUACUUGGAUCCAGUAGGGCCUUUUGAGGCAAUAAAGAAACCAAUUCAUCAUUCAGGCCUCUUAGAGUCAACCAUAGGAACAUUUUCCCUUGGAACAUUAGGGAAGGAGGCAUCAGAAGAGCAUCCCGAAGAUCCUUCAACAGAUGCUGCACUAUCACUAAUAGUGUCAUCUCAGGAGUGUCUGGAAGUGCAAGAGUUAGCAACUGAGAUGUUUUCAGAUGAGCGUCCAAAAACGUCACAUGAGGCUGAGGCCACAACCCAACAUACAGAAUUAGUAGAGCCACCUUUGGGACAGGAUCUAGAGGCAUCUCAAAAUGAAAUCCCACAAUUACUCAAGGUGUCCUCACUAAUGUGUCAGGAUAUAAGAGAGGUAGCCACACCUCAGUAUCCAAAGAACCUAACGGCAUCAACCCUACCUGAAGCACAAACUGAGAUAUCAUCAAACACGGUUCCCGAAACCUUGUUGGACACAGAGAAAGAAGAAGUGGAAGAUUCAUCUUCAGGACAGUGUCCAGAGACUUCAGAAGCCGAAAUCCAACAGGCAAAAUCUCAAGACUCAGCGUUAAAGCACCUUUGUGGAACUUCUGAAAGAGAAAUAGCAUUACAUGAGCCCUUUGUGAAGUGUCUGAAGGAGGCAGGGACAGAACCAAAUGAACCAUGUCCAGAAAAGUGUUCAGAAACGUCCAAGUUAACAAGCACAGAAGGACAACUCGAGGAACCAUCUUUGAAAUGGACAGUGGGCCAACAUGUGAAACCAGAUGAAACAGGUCCAGGAGCACCUCCACAAGGCUUAUCAUUAACAGAGACAGUAGGACAACAACUUUCAGAGUCAGAAGAACCAUCUCCAGGUCAAUGUCCAGAAGAGCCCAAGACAACUGAACAAAAUGGGCUGUAUUCAGAAAUGUGUCCAGAAGAUUUAGAGUUGGGAGGGACAGCGGGACAGCAUGCAGGAGAACCAUCUCCAGAAGAAUGUAUACAAGAUGGAGAUCAAGGAACCAGGGUUGACAAAUUCGGGAUUUCAAAUUUACAGCAGCAUCCCGAAGCUGUUACAGCUGGGAUUGUCCAAAGUUUUCAAUGUGCAGAACUAAACGAGCCAAUCAACAAGAAACACCCUACAGUCUUAGAGACAUCAAAUCAGCUCAAAAAACUUGAAGAGCUUCCAAAAUCUACUGAGAGGAGACCUCCAUCUUCCUUUACGGUAAUUCCAGAGGAUGAUUCAGAUGUAAGAGGGAAGGCAGACCAAGAUGGAGAAGUAGAGAAGCCACCUUUAGGAGAAAGUCCAGAAGCAUCAAGAACAGAAGCGAUCUACCAUUUCAAUCCGGAUUUAGAAAUAUUUCCAAAGGUUUCUCAGGUUGAAGAAUUUGAGGAACCAAAAUUAGAGGGGCAAACCAAACCAUCUGAUAGAAUCUCCCAACCACUGGAUGGGCAGAUAUCAAGUCAGCACUCAGGACUGGCAAACACAGCAGCUCCAGUCAUAGAGACAAAUGGACAAUGUCCAGAGUUUUCAGAAAGUUGGUUUUCAGAACCUGAGAAGUCCUUGUUGGAGGAGUGUUUUGAACUGUCGGAUAAGGCAACGUCACUUUUGUUAAACUCAGUAAGACACACAGAGAUAACAGAGACAGUGGUCCAUAAGCCAGAAGAGUUUCCUGGAGUUUCAGACGUGUCAGAGAUAGUACCCCAAUAUGGGGAGUCAGAGGAGUCACCUUCAGUAGAUGGCCCAAUGGCUUCAAAGAUGGAAAAUCAACCUGAGAACCUGGAGGAGUCGGCUUUACAGGAAGGUCUGGACAUUUCUGACACAAACUCUGCACCUUCAGGUGUGCUGGACUUAUCAGAGUAUUCAGAGGAAAGGAAGACCACAGUUCAAAAUGCUGAGAAAGCAAAACCAUCUCCAGAAGUGUGUCCACAAACUUCAAUGAAAAACACACAGCUUGAAGAUCUGGAGGAAUCAGUGUUGCACCUACACCAAGACGUUUCAGAGAUGUCUACAACAGCUACUGUUCCUGUUAUUGAGUUGUGUCCAGAGGUGAGGCAUAUAAUGGCCCAGCAUUCACAGCUAGAUGAGCCAUCACCGGAAGAAUGUCCUGAAUUACCAAAAAUUUCAGAUGUGGGGCACAUUGUAUCAGAGGAGCUAUCAUCAGUGGAACAUCCAGAAGCUUUUCAGAGAGAGACUCAGAUUGUGAAAUUUGAGCCACCUGUAUUACAGGAACACAAUAGAGCUUCGCUACCAGCGGUAUCAUCUCCUCAGCCAUUCUCAGUGGAAUAUCUGGGGGUACAAGAGAAAGCGACACAACCUUUAGAAGCAGAGAAAACAAACCCUACCAAGACUGCUAAACAAUCUUCUGAAGAGUGUCAUGAAUUGUUAGAAAUGUCACAGUCAGCACACGCAGCAUCAGGGGGGUCAUCUUCAUUUGAGUGUCCAAGUUGUUCACAGAAACAAAAUGAGACUGAGGAAUUUGAGCAAUCUGUUUCACAGGAGCACAUGGAAGCUUCUCCAUCUGCAGUUUCAGCUUCAUCUGAGUUGUCCUCAGUGGAGGAUCAGCUGGUACCAGCAACACCAGAUCAGGAAGGCCAGCACAUCAAACCAGAAGAGCCAUCUGCAGAUGAACAUCUUCAAUUUUCAGAAGAGUCACAAUUAGGGCCUGCAGAACCAGAAGGACUGUGUUUAAUCGAGUGUUCAGAACCAGAAGGACUGUCUUCAGUCAAGUGUCCAGAAGCCUCACUGAGAGAAGUUCAGAUUGUAAACAUUGAGCAUUCUGUUUCCCAUGAGCACUCUAAAGCUUCCCCAUCCGUGGUUUCACCUCCAUGUGAGUGGCCAGGGGUACCAGGGAUGGUUACCCAAAAUGUAGAAGCAGAUGGUACCAACACAUCAGAUGAACAAACCAAACCGGAGGAGCCAUCUUCAAUAAAAUAUUUAGAAGGAGAUACUUCAGUCCAAAGUGCAGGACAGGAAGAGUCUUCUUCAGAAGAUAAUUCAGCUGUAGCAUCAGAAAUAUCAAAAACCAAAGAUUCAGAAUCAAAGGAAGCUUCCAGAAAAGAAUAUCCACAUUACAACCAAGUAACCCAGCAUGAAGAGUCUAUAGUAAUGAACGAGACAGCAAAGUCCACCACUUCAAAGGCAGAAACAGUUCAGCUCAACCACACUGAGGCCCGUACAAAAUUGACAUUUGAAGAUCAUCAGCUAUUUGGAGAUGUAUUUGAUGACCACACUGAAGCCCCUGAAAGUCUAAUUCAGUCUGAUAUCCCUGAUUUCUUAGCUGCAGAGUGUUCCUCAGACUUAUCAAGGGCAACAGCAAUCUGGUAUAAUGACUAUGAGAAUCCAGGCAAUGAAGCAAAGAUGGACACAGAGGAAGAGGAAAACCGAGAUGCAGAUAUCUGUAAAUGUGAAGAUGACCAAAGUCUAAAGGGAAAUGUUUCCACUGAGAAGAAUCUAGAAUUGGAGGAAAAAGAAGUAUGUGAGGAGGAGUCUGGAUUUUACAAAAAGAAGCCAAAGGUGUUGACAGCAAGAAGAUGUUUUUCUGCUGGUGAUGAGCUUUCUGCCUGGGACAAAGAAGAAAUGGAUGCUGCAUUUGAUGACUACAGUAAGGACAAUGUGGAAUGGGAGAUUGAUAAAAUCUGGCUCUCCUUGCACCAAAAAAGUGAUGGUUCAUAUUGCCAGUUAGACUCUGAUGAUGAACAAGAUGAUGAUGACAGUGAUGAUGAUGGUGAUGAUGAUGAUGAUGAUGAUGAAAUGAGUGAGGACAAUGAAGAGAGUGCCAAUGAUAAAAUAUGGCUUUCCUUGCAUCAAAAAAAUGAAGGCUUACGUUGUCAGUUAGAUUUUGGGGGUGGGCAAGAGGAAGAAUCAGAUGACUGGAAUCUCCAGGAAGAACAUUUCCAGCAACUGAAUAACUAUGCUAUGCAGAAAGCUAGAAACAUGCUGUACAGUAUUGAGGAGGAAGAAGAAACUGAACUCGAUGAAGAGAUACCACAGCCUGAUAAGCAUCUUGGUGCUGGCACAGAUGUAAUUAUGAAAGAUUUCACAACACCACCCCAGAAGGAAAAUGAAAGGGUCUCAACUGGGGCUGAAAUGGAGGAAGAUGAAAGAUUUAGCAAAGCAAAAGAGGAAAGAGAUCAGGUAGGACUGCAGAUCAAGAGCGAGGAUGAAUGGGACAUGACACAAUCUGGACUUCUUUCUCUUGAAGAAUCUCGACCAAAGGGUCAGGAACUCAACACUCCAACAGAAGACCCUGAAUCUGCUAUCCUAUUGUCAAGAAUUGAGGAGAUCCAGGAAUGUCCUCAGGAAAAAAUCUUCCCAGUCUCAAUGUCUGAAGAUCUAAAGCUUAAGGAGUCUGUCCAAAUACUGAACUUCAGCUGUUACAAAUCAGAUCUCCUAGGGGGAGAUCAGGAAGAAGACGGCUCAACUGUUCCAUUAAUUCAGGUAGUAGAGACACCAUCAUCCUGGUCAGGUGCAUCACAUAUUAAUCAUGCUGUUGAUGGUGCACAGCUCCAAAAGUAUGAAGAACAAGCUGAAGGAGAUUGUGAGAAGCUACUGGUGGAAAGGAAACAAGAAGCACCCUAUGACUAUCAAGAGGACACACAUCACCCCCUAGCAUUGGAUGAUAAAUCAAAACUAACAGCUUCAGAAGAAGUUAAAGUCAUAGACGACAGCACUCAAAGACCCAAGGAAAUUCCAGAAAUCAAAGUGCCCAUUGAAACAUUAGAGGAGACUGAUGGAGCUCAAGUGAAGGCAACGAAUGAGAACACAGCAUUUGUAUUACCUGAAGAAAGAGAUUUGGUGGGAUUACAGAUCAAGAAUGAAGAUGAGUGGUGUAUGUCCACAGAGACAGCAUCUGGACAUCUACAUCUUGAAAAAUCUGGACCAAAGGGUGAGGAAGUCAACACUGUAACAGAAGCCCUUGACUCUGCUUUCUUAUUAUCAAGAACUGAAGAGAUCCAGGAAUGCCCUCAGGAAGAAAUCUUCUCACUCUCAGUGUCUGAGGAUGUAACGGCUAGGUUAUCACCAAAAAAAGCUUCAGAAGAAGUAGCUACCGUGGGACUUUUGUCAGAACAAGAAAAUGAGUCUUCUCCUCCAUAUAUAAAAUCAGCAGACUCUGCAGGCAGUGAGGGAGAAGAAGAUGUGCUCAAGAAAGGUGAAGGUGUUUUGCUGCUUUUGGUAAAGAAUGAGGACACCACUCCUGAUGUACCAUCUCACACAGCGUCACAAUCAGUCUCAUUGCAUGAAGACCAAAAUGCAGAUAAACAGGAAGGUGAAAACAAAGAUGUGGAUUUACAAACAAACAUUUCUGAACACCUCUUGUUGAAAGAAACUGUAGAGCCGGGAGAGGGUCAGGAUGGACCAGAAAGGCUUGGCGACAAAGAUAAGGGAGCGUUGGUCAGGAAUGAAGAAACUAUUAUUGAAGAUUUGAGGGCAUUAGAAACACAUGAAGAGGAGAACUUGAGUACAUCAAAAAUAAAUGAGGACGAAAAUCAGGGUGUGGUAGAAGGUAAUAAGGAGGUAGAUCAGGAUGUGCCAAAAGGAUCAAGAGAUGAAACAUGGAAUGCUUCAGAGAUUACCAGUAAAGUGUAUCCAUGUAUGUCAUUGGAAAGGGAAGAGAUUGAUGAGUUUGUUGUUGAAAGAACAGACGAAAUUAGGGUGAAGGAUGAGGAUGUAUUAGAAAUAAAUAAAGAAGAAGGUCAGGGCAUAGUAGAAAGAAUAGACAAUCAGAAUCAUGAUAUGUUGGAGGUUACCACUGAAGGACAUCAAGGUACAUCAUUGGAAAGAGAGGGACACAAUGAACUUGUGUUUAAAAGAGUUGAUGACACCUCGGUGAAAGACCAGGGUGUAUUAGAAAUUAAUGAAGAGGAGUGUGAGGGUGUGCCACAAAGAUGGGAAGAUGAGAGAGAUAAAGCCUCAGAUGUUAGUGAUAAAGGACGUCCCUGUGUAUCACUAGAAAGUGAAGAUCAAGAUGAAUUUGUAUUCAAACGAAUUGAAGAGGUGAACCAGGGAGUACUUGAACGUAAUGAAAAGGACUAUCAAGACCACCCUGAAACCCAUGAAAUGAAGGCUUGUGGUAUAUCAGUUGACAAGGAAAAGGGCAAUCAGGGUUUAGGUGAAAGAAUAGGAAGGGAUGGUGAGAGUGUGGUACACGAACACACUAAUGACCUAGAAGAUGUCACUUCAGGAAUCACUUACGGUGACAAUGAGGGUGUGUUGGAAUUAAGUGAAGAUGGAUGGGAGGCAUCAGAAAGAAAAGAAAAGAUAGAAGAGAAUGUGGCUACUGUGGUGAGUGCAGCAGACCAAAGUGAACUUGGAUUAAGUAAAGUGGAGGAUGAGAAAGCUCUAGAAAGAAGUGUAAGGGAAAGUUGGGAGACAUCAGAGAUCCUCCAACAAGAGGAUACAAUUACACUAGAAGGAAAUCUUGGACAAGAUCAGAGAGUGUCGGAGGAUAUCCUAGUGGAGAAUAAGGCGUUAGGACAUUUUGAAAAGGAGGCUUGGGCAGAGUCUAGAGGAGAAGAACUACAGAGUGAGGAGAGAGCAGAAGAUGAAAAGCAGGUUUACUUAGAAGUAAUGAAAGGUGUGUGUCCUCUGUCAAAUCUGGAAAAAUCGUUUAGUCAAGGAAUAAUGGAAAGAACUGAAGAGAGGCAUGAGGGAGACUCGGAAAAAAGUAAAGAGGAAGAAAAGCAUGAAUCUGAUAGAAAUGAUAAGGGAGAUCAUCUGUGUGUAUCUGUGGCUGAUGAGGGUGUAAUAGAAGGGAGAAUAGAAAAGAAUGAAGAGGAAUUAGAAAUAGAAGAUAAAACAACAACAGCAGAUCCAGGAGAAGUGGAAGAUAGGAUUGUGUCACAAAUUAACGACAGUCGUCACGAGGGGGUUAUGGAAAGAAAUGAAGAGGAUGACACAAGGUCAUCGGAUAUUUUUAAAGAGGAGGAUGAGGAACUAUCAGAGAAAUGGGAAGCAGAAGAAGCAAUUGUAUUAGGAAAUUCAGAAAGAGGGGGAAAAGAUGCAAGAAAAAGUAUGGAAAUUGAAGGUGCUGAUGGAGAAAAUCAAGUUAUUUCAGAUAUAGUGAAUGAGAGGGGCCAGAGAGCAGCUGGCACAAUCAAAGAGUGUGUACUGGAAAGAGAUGAGGGGGGAGAUCAAGUUGUAGUUGAAAUUAAUGAAGAGGAACGUCAAGGAAUGCCAAGAAGUAAGGAAGAAGAAGGUCAGGAUGUGCCAGAAAGAAAGAUGGAGGAAUAUCAGGCAGUGGAAGAAAGGAAGAAGGAAGAAAGUCAGGAUGAGGUAAAAAGAAAUGAAGAGGAAUGUCAGGGUGUGGAGGAAAGGAAGAAGGAAGAAAGUGAAGUUAUGGAGGAAAGGAAGGAAGAGGAAUGUCACGAUGUGGUGGAAAGAAAGAUGGAGGAAUAUUAUGGUACUUCAGAAGGAAAACAAGAGGAAGGUCAGGUUAAAGACAUGGACAUAGUUGAAAACAAAGAGGUGGGUUUAUGGGUGUCUGAAAGCUUUGAAGAGAAGAAACCUCAAGAAAGUUUUCAAAGGAUUCAAGAAGAUACAAAUAUUGAUAAUAAGAGCCAAUGGGCCUACCAAAAAAUGGACUUGGAUGGCAACUUUUUAUCAGAAAAAAGAGAAAAGAAUGAGGAAAGCUCAUCCAAGAUUAUUGAUGCAGGAGAUGGAAGCUCAACAAAAACACUUCAGACAGACCUGGAAAAAGAGAAGUUUGGCUCAAAAGCUGAGUCCACGUUCAUUUCGAAAAGAAAGGAAACAAAUGAAGAGGAGACUGAUGGGGUAUCAAAGAUAUCAAGAGCUGUAAGUCAUGACAUAACAUUGAUUGCACUUGAAGAUCAAAAAGCAGCAGAAGUUAAAGAAAUGAAAGAUGAGGGGGCAUCAACAGGAGAAUUAAAUGAAGGUCUAAUGAAGAGGAAUGAAGUGAGGGAUCAGGGUGCAUCAGAGAGUAUGGAAGAUGAAGUGGAAGGCACGUCAGGAAAUUUGGCAGCUGAAAGGCAGGAUGAGCCUGUGGUAGCUGGGGAGGAGACUAAAUCUGUGAAAGACCACCUGAAACAAUGGGAAUUCGUUACUUCCAGGGGAGUCCAAAGCCCUGGUCAAGGAGGAGGUUCUCCUGACACCGGUGUCUCCCAUAAUACAGAGGCUUCCCUUGGAACAGCUGAUGGCACAGAAAAGAAGAUGAAAUCAGGAAAGGUGCAGCAGCUGCUCCUUCAGCUGGGUGGACAACCGGGCUUCCAGCCACCCAUGUUUUCACCAAAAGGAGGACUGGCCAUAGGAAGACAUUCAGCACCUGUCAAGGAGAUUAUGAAGGAAAGGGGACUGGGCAACGAAGAAGAGGCCAAACCCACGCGCAGGAAACUGGUCCUCCCAGUUAGACAUCUGGAGUCCCAAGAGCAGGAAACGACAACCAAGGAGAACAUCCACGGUGGACCAGAGGCUGGUGGGGACCUGAGCCUGCUGGGGUCAGAGCAGCUUGGCCCCCAGCUGUUGGACCUGAGUGCCCAGAAGUCCCGCAUUGCCUUACGUAACAAGCAGUGUCGACCACCUCAAGACCCCAAAGAAAUACUGAAGAAGCCCAGCCUCGCUCCAUCUCCGGUUAAACUGCCCCGACCAGAGGGCAUCGGUGGUGUGCCUUUACCAUUCAUGCUGCCAGGACUGGGAGCUGGACCACCAGUACUCAGGAAGAGGGAGACAGCACCGGCCAGCAUUAAACAAGAGCCGCUGGUCACCAUGGAGGUGGAACAGCCAAAGCUUGGCCCCCAGCUGUUGGACCUGAGUGUCCAGAAGUCCCGCAUCGCCUUACGUAACAAGCAGUGCAGACCACCACAAGACCCCAAAAAAAUUCUGAAGAAGCCCAGCCUCGAUCCAUCUCCCGUUAAACUGCCCCGACCGGGGGGCAUCGGUGGUGUGCCUUUACCAUUCAUGUUGCCAGGACUGGGAGCUGGACCACCAGUGCUCAGAAAGAGGGAGAUGGCACCAGCGUGUACUAAACGAGAGCCAGUGGCCACCAUGGAGGUGGAGCAACCAAAGGUGCUGCCAGAAAACCAAAGUGACCAGGGCCUGGAAACUCCACCGAAGAAGGAAGUUAAACCGAAACGGACACCUCCUGGGAAAGUCGGAUUCGGCAUGGCUCACCCGCAGAUGAUGUUGGAGCUAAGGGGAAAGCUGAAGAAGACCACCGACUAAAGAGCACACCAGAAAGCCGGCUAUUUAUUUGCUUGCAUGUUUCUGAAACAAACGGAAUGUAUACAAAGAUGUAUUUAUAUAUUUAUUUCUUACAAAAUAAAGCCAUCUGUAUAUGCUUUGGG